UUCCAUUAAAUUUUCAGCAUAUUUUCUCGUAAUUUGGUAUUUUAUGGUUACCUAGGAAAAUUUCGACUCUCAACACAAAACUUUUCUAAGGACCACUUUACAGAACAGUCAUAAGUUUGAUAAAAUCUAUAUUUUUCAUUAAUCGAUGUAUUUGAGGACCAUUAAGUAUUUCACCUCUCAACUGUUCCGUACUAAGCUUCGAAAACUCUCUACAAAUGUUAUUAAAACACUUCCACGCCCAACGCUUUGACAAACUGCUUUAUGCCUUCUAACUAGAUCACUUAUUAAAUCACUGAGUUCACUUUGAGAAAAUAACUUUGGUGUAGAUGUUUCCUUUCUCAUUCAAAUCCAUUGGUAGACUACCAAUAACUGGGUAUUUACCGACAUCAUCACCUUUGGAAUGAAAGCGAAAUUUACAUUGAGUAAAACGGCACAUUUUGUACACUGUAAUUUUAGAUAUCACCACGUUUAAUUUGUAGUAAAACCUUAAAACCUUCCGCAUAUUUUCAUACUGAAUGAGAGUAAGGAUCACGUGACAUUUGCAGGCGAAGAACCCUAAUCAUGACUGGAAAACUAAAUUUAUAUACUAAAAAGUUUCAAAAUACUAGAAAUCCAAUUAUCUUAAAAACAGGAGCACAUUCAAUAUUUUCCUGAAUAAGGUCCUAAUCUGGACACAUCAAAAUUGACUAAACUAUUCAGGACAAGAAAAAAAUGUUGUUUUCGUAAAGCUGUGUAAUCUCUAUUCAAUAGUUUUAAGUGAUAGAAAUGGAUAAUUGAAAUAAUAUAUAUCAAUACUCUAGAAUUCUCUUGUACAUGUUGGCGAUAACACACAAAACUAUUUGUAAUUUAAUAUUUGUUUAUGUAUAGUUUACAUAAAUGUAGGAAUGGUUAUAGUCUGUUUUCAACAAUUCCGGUCGAUUUGAGCUUAGUGGUUUGUGAAAUAUGGCCAAGGUCACUUUUUAAAAACUUGUACACCAUAUAUUCCCUUCCAUAGGCUCAGUUAUAGUACUUUAUAGAGUUUCGCUUCCCUCCCUUUUUAAGACGAGCAUACCGUCACUCGGAAUUCAACCUGGUCAUCCUUAUCAUGUAUAUAUAAGUACAUACAUAACUCUAUCUCGAUUGGUUUUAGACGCAACAAACAAUCGUUAAGUGAACGAAACUAUUAUCCUCUGAGGGAAUAUAAAAAUGGAGUUAGGUAUUAGUGUAAAGUUACCGCAGUUUGAAGCAUAGACCAGUUUUUAGAUGAUUGCCCUGUAUUAUACACACACAUAUGUAUAAAAACACACUCAACAUUGAAAAACGCUAGUCUGCAACUCAGUUGCGCUUAUUUGUAUUUAUGGUAGGUAUGUACAUAUGUAGAUGUGCUAAUUUGCAGUGAAAAUCUACGAAACGAAGAGGUGAAACUAUUUGUUAUUUGUGUUUAAAGGCGCACAUAUUACAUUUGAUAGUAACGGUACGUUUAAACCGCUCACAAAAACAGAACAUACAUAUACUUAUAUGUAUGUACUUAAAGAUGUAAGUUUCUAUAUAUUGAAUGUACAUAUGUGCGUAUACAUUCAUAUACAUAUCAAAUCGCUUUAAUCCGAAUUUUUAGAAACCAGAUACAGUUACAGCACACCUCCGAUUAGUGGAGCUUAUAUGGCUCAAGAAGUCGAGACCAUGUCGGCAUGAGUUGUUUUCAUUCAAAGAAAUGUUACAUGGACCACGUUUGCGACAUUUUUAAUUGAGCGCAAUCGCACGAAAAUUUAAUUAGUUACUGUUCCAUCCAAACGUGCACGUGUGCUUAUGGGUGCAUGUGCAAGUGUGCUUAUAUCAUUAAAAAAAUACACUUUUAAGCGACCGGCACAACUCCGUACGCACGUAUGUAUGUACAUAUGUACAUAAGUAUGUAAGUCGGUCUGCUACGGUAAAUGUGGAUACUCUGACGUUGAAUUUCAUUUGAAGCCAAAUUUAAACUUCAGUCGUUGUUAAGAUGUUGACGCCAUCGCACAUACUGUCGCGGAAAUAAAUAUUUAAAAGUGCCGUCUCAUUUCAAGCAUACAUACAUAUAUGAGUUCGAUAACAUUGAAGAGAAAAUUACUAUUAGAUACAACCAUACUAAACAGCCCAUUUUUGCAAUCCUGAAUAUUGCCAAUAUCAACACACGUAACAUAAAACGAUUUAUAGUUUGAGGUGUCUUUAAGCGCAAUCAGAAGAUUUUCUCUCAUUACCUAUUUUUGAAAAUCUUCAUUCAUAUUUCGAAAAUUUACCCCGCAAACCGGGGUUGCGAUUUUAAGUUAAUAGAAUACAAAACUAAAGAGGCUAAUUAAAGGAAAGAAGCAUUAAAAUGUUUGGCGCUAGCUCCACGUCUCAGCAGCGGCUUCUUCACAUGGAUAACCCUCUCUACGCAAUCCUGCAAUUCAUCUGGGAUUUACUCGUGUUUCUCGCAAAAACCAUCUUGUUUACCACCCAAACCAUAUAUUAUUCACUACUUCCAAAUUAUUUGAGGAAAAUGAAGAAUGUUUCAGGACAAGUAGUACUGAUCACUGGCGGUGGAGGAGGAGUAGGACGCUUGUUGUCCCUGAACUUUGCCAAACAAAAUGCUCGUGUGGUCAUAUGGGACAUCAACCAAGAAGCUAUCAAAACUACCAUGGAUUUACUCGCCCGAAAUGGGUAUACCUGUAAAGGAUAUGUAGUUGAUAUAUCUGACCGUGACCAAGUGUAUGAGCGAGCGGCGCAAACUAUUAACGAAAUAGGUAAUAUCGAUAUACUAUGCAAUAAUGCUGGUGUCGUUUGCUGCCGUCCAUUCUGGGACUUACCUGAUCGUGUUAUACAGAAUACAUACAACAUUAACAUAAUUUCCCACUAUUGGACAGUGAAAGCUUUUCUUCCGCAAAUGAUGCAAAAUAACAGGGGUCACAUUGUGACUGUGGGUUCAGUGACUGGCAUGUUAGGCACUUACGGUUGUAGUGAUUAUAGUGCAACAAAAUUUGCCUGCGUUGGAUUUCAUGAAAGCCUCUUAACCGAUUUAAAAACACACGGAUAUGAUGGCAUACACAUGACAUUGAUUUGUCCUUAUUAUAUCAAUACCGGUAUGUUCUCAGGCGUACGACCACGAAUGUUUCCAAUGUUGCAUCCACAGUAUGUUGCUGACCGCAUACUUGAAGCUAUUCGAAAGAACGAAGUAUGGUGCGUGCUACCUCAUACUAUACGGAUACUUACUCCACUGAAAUGUCUAUUGCCCGCGAAAGUGUGCUGGGAACUAAUGUCAAGGGUUAUCCGUGGGCCAGAAUCAAUGAUGAUGUUUCAAGGGCGGGGCAGAGUUCCCGCAGGUUAAGAUAAUAGCGGAAUAUAGCGAUUUAUGUUUAAAAUUACGAUGGUCAUGUUCUCAUUAGAUCCAUUUUGAAAUCAACAUAUUAAUAAUUCUUAUUUAUUUUACUUUUGCAAGGAUGGUUAGCAGCCCUCGAUUAUGUCGAUUAUUAAUAUUGCUUUGCAGUCGAAGGAGUUUUUCAACAAACAAUUUUAUUUUAUUUAAAAUUUUUGUUGAAAAGGUAUAUGUAUGAAUGCUUUUAUGUUUUUUCUAUAUUUCAAAACCAUCGCAAAUGCACAAAAACAAUUAGCAAAUUAAAGAAUGUUUAAUCUGUACACGAUUAGCAUAUGUUAUAAUU